AUGCUCGGUGCUCACGUCCUCUGGGACAACGGGUACACGGGCAAGGGCAUCAAGGUGGCGGUGUUUGACACUGGUCUCUCACGGGACCAUCCUCACUUUAGAAACGUAAGGGAAGCGAUCGAUUAUACCAACGAUGAAAAGUCGGACGAUGUCAUCGGUCACGGCACUUUCGUAGCUGGCAUUAUCGCGAGCGACUACGAAGGAUGUCCGGGAUUCGCGCCAGACGCCGAACUCUACAUCUUCCGUGUCUUUAACAAAGACAAACUGUCAUUCACCUCUUGGUUCUUGGAUGCAUUCAACUAUGCCAUACACAUUGGAAUCGACGUACUCAAUCUCUCUAUUGGUGGACACGAUUUUAUGGAUCGUCCAUUCGUCGAUAAAAUCUAUGAAAUGAGCGCAAACAACAUCGUAGUAGUAUCAGCAAUUGGAAAUGAUGGUCCAACUUAUGGAACAUUGAGUAAUCCAGCUGAUCAAUCGGAUGUUAUUGGAGUUGGAAGUAUCGAUUCAUUCGAUAAACUAUCGACAUUCUCAUCGAGAGGAAUGACAACUUGGGAGUUACCUCAUGGAUACGGUAGAGUUAAACCGGAUAUCGUUACCUACGGUAGUUCAGUGCUUGGUAGUAAUCUACCAAAGUUGGGUACAAAGUGUAGAACUCUCUCUGGUACCAGUGUUUCUUCGCCGGUUGUGGCAGGUGCUAUCGCGCUGCUCAUGAGUAGUGUACCACAGGAUCGCAGACACCUCAUCAACCCCGCCAGUAUCAAGCAGGUGCUGAUAGAGUCGUCGCAACGUAUUGGCGAUGCCAACAUAUUCGAACAGGGCAAUGGCAAGUUGAAUCUGGUCGAUGCCUUCAAGAUGCUCCAGCGUUACACUGCCAAGGUUUCAUUCUCACCGUCCUCCGUUGACUUUACGGACUGUCCAUACUUUUGGCCAUACUGUUCGCAGCCAAUCUAUCACGACGGUCUGCCAACCAUUGUCAACGUCACCAUCAUCAACGGUAUGGAUGUAUCGGGACAGUUUAUCGCACCACCCAAGUGGAUACCCGGAAAGAAUGGAAAUCUGCUACACGUUGGUUUCAGCUAUCAGGAAUUGCUCUGGCCGUGGACCGGUCAUCUGGGUCUGCACUUGUCUGCCACCAAGGCAGCUGCCAACUUUGAGGGUAUAAUAGAGGGUUUCGUACAGGUCAAUAUCACUUCACCGCCACGUCUCGGCGAGAAACAGCCAAGAUUCCAAUCGAUGAUGUUGCCGGUUCGUGUCCAGGUUAUUCCGACACCACCGCGCGCCAAGCGUAUCCUCUGGGAUCAAUAUCAUAGUCUGCGUUAUCCAUCUGGUUUCCUGCCAAAGGAUGCACUCGAUAUGGACGAGCCAUUCGAUUGGAAUGGUGACCAUCCACACACCAACUUCCGUGCGAUGUACCAACGACUUCGUGAGUCUGGCUACUUCUUGGAGGUACUGAAUUCACCACUGACCUGUUUUGAUCCUAAAUCCUAUGGUGCCCUUUUAAUUGUUGAUCCGGAGGAAGAGUUCUUCCCAUCAGAGAUUAAAAAGAUCGAGGAGGAUGUAAGAGCCAACGGUUUGAAUCUCAUUGUUUUCGCAGAUUGGUACAACGUCCAGGUGAUGAACAAGAUCAAAUUCCUUGACCCCAACACCAAGAAGGAUUGCACACCUGUGACUGGUGCCUCUAAUAUUCCGGCGCUCAAUGAUUUCCUCUCGAAUUUCGGUAUCUACUUUGGUGACACCAUCUACAACGGUGAGUUCACUAUUGGCAGUCGUACUGGCUACUACUCAUCCGGUACCAGUAUCGUUGGUUUCCCAAAGGGUGGUCGUCUUUUGUACACUACCCUCUCUAAUUUGAAUCGUCAAAUCUUGAUGUCACUCUCGGGAACGGCAAGAGUACCGAUUCUCGGAUUCUACCAGACUCUCUCCAUGGAAGAUGAGCUGAGUAGCACCAGCAGCGAGGAGGACCAGAAUCCAGGAAAGAUCGUAGUGUUUGGUGAUUCUUCGUGUCUCGACGAGGCAAUACAAAAGGCAGGCGCUAGAUAUGUCGACGACUGCUACUGGUUGCUCGAUAACAUACUUCAGGUGACUCAGGAGGGAAAGGACUUAAAUACACUGUUCCCUGGACUCACUCAGAUCGAAGGUCACCUCUUGCCAUACGAGGGUAACGAUAGAACGAGUUGGUCACUUCCAAAGAGACCGAGCGAUCUCUCAGAGAUGGAGAAGCUCUCGCAGGUCAUGCAUAGCAAAGAUCUACAGGGUGACAUGUGUAGCUCUCAUCCAUUCCAAGUGAACGAAGAUAAAUUCUACUGGGAGAGUCACCACAAGUAUCAUAAUCUCUCAUGGAGCAAUCGUGCUCACGUCUUACCAUCGGAGUAUCCAACCUAUCCUCCAGACACCAAUCACAACAUCAAUCCUCAAUAUCUUUAUCCUUACAUAUUAAUUAUUUUGGCACUAGUGCUGUUAUUGGCUCACUUCUUUAGAAAGAAACCAACAAGACAACAAGCUAGAUCAAGUAGUGAAGCUGUUCAGGAGGCAGUAGCUUUUAAAGUACAAUAA